AUGAGAUUGUAACCAAGUCACACAAGUUAAUUUGUGCAAGUGCCAAAAUAUAAUUUCACUAGGAAAUAAAGAAGUCACUUUCACUCAGAGGAUGAAGAAAAUGAGAAUAAGGAGGAAUAAUUACCUAAUUACGAUACUGAUAGAAUUCUGAACUUUAAAAACAAUAGAUGGCUGCUGUAUGAAACUUCUUACAUAAUAGGUGAAAAUGGACAUAUAGAAGAUUCAACUACUGCAGCAAAGCUAAAAAGUAUUAUAGGUCCAGCAAUAGUUUAUCUUUUAUACGCAAAUGGAUGGUUUUAUUCCAGUAUUUUGGCAACCACUUGGAUACUCCUUUCUAUUUCUCAUGUUGUUUCAGCUCUUAAAGGGAGAUAAUUCCUAAUAAGACAAGUUUAUUUGCAUAGUUGUGGUACUAAGAUUGAUUUAGUUGAUGCAUUAGGAUUUAAAAAGACUGUUAAUAUUUAGAAUAUAAGAACUACAAACAUGACUCUCAGUGAAAAAAGAAUGGCAAUAGAAAUAUUAGAUUCAAUGCAUGAAGAUUUAUUGCCUGUAUUUGCUGGCAGUGACUUACGGCUAAUCAAUAAAGAUGCCACUAUAGAAGAUAGAUAAAUAUUUAAAGCAAUCUUCAAUGGACGAUGUAUCAACCUAAAAUAAUUCCCUAUUGAAGAUAUUCAAAGUGAUAAUAAAUACAAUUCAAGAAACAUUAUUCUAGAUUUUACUCCUGCAACAACCUAAGAUUUGAGAGUAAGAGGUUCAAACAUUUCAAACUAUCUAUCAACAUAUUAUUCUGUCUCCUCUCUCAUACUAAGUAUCAAUUGUUGCUCAUCAGGUGAUAUCUCUCUUCCUGAUUGUGUCCAAAUGAGUUAAAAUCCAGUCACAAAUAUCUAUGAGAGUCCUGCCUAAGUUACUCAACUACCUGUACUACAAGAAGAUACUCUGCUAUUUGACUUUACAUAAAAUGCUACCAUUCUAAAUGCUAUGGUAUAAUAGCACUGGGAGACUGGAAACACCAAGUCUGAACUUAGUAUCAACUGCUCUGCUCAUAAACUUCUUGCUGUUUUCUUUUCAAAUCAAUAGCAAAAAUAUAAGUGCUUCAAAUGUUUGCUAGAGGAAUAAGAUUUAAUAUACAUUGACAUAAAGUUCAAAAAAGAGAUGGAGGAAUAUGAGAGAAUUAAAAACUUAGCAGCAGAUAUCAUUAAGGAAAAGUCCUCAAACAUGAACUUGAUGAAGUCUUGGAAGAGUGAGAUCAGAAAAGUGCUCAUGCAAGUUCGAGAACAAUUCCUAAGCUGGAUUGAGAUAUUUACGAACUAAUUUGUCUAGAGUUUAAAAGAUAUUGAAAAUUCUAAGGAUCUUAAGUAAUUCCGUGGUGAGGACAGAAGACUUAACUAGUAACUUGAAAGCUUGAGAGAUAAGUAUAUGCAGAUUAUGAGGAUAUUCACACUUAUUUCAAAUAGUAAAGCUGAUUAAAAAGUAGAGGUAAUUGAGAAGUAUAGAAGCUAGAUGAAUGCUAUUGAAAACGAAGUCCUUAAACAAAACAAUUACAUGCAAUAAUAAUUAUCUAAAAUGAGUGAAACUUAGAAAAGGACUGUUUCUAUCGAUGGGCUUAAGCAAAAGAUAGAAGUUAAGUAUUUUUAAUUCUUUGACAAAAAGCUAAAGAUGAUGAGAUCACAGGGAAGUCAUAACGAUACGCUUGGAGUAUCUAUGAUGAUGUAAAAUCAAUCAGUCUAGCAAUCAAUGAAUCAAUAUAAUACCUAUCAAUAACAAUAAUAGCAACCAACCUAACAAAAUAAUAGACUUUAGUAAAUGCAGAAUAAUAAUUAAUCUUUGCAAAUGAACUUUUAGCAUAGAACCUAGAGUGAUUUGAUAAAUAAUCUGGUAAUAGAGUAAAGUAGUAGAGACUUCAAUCCCAAUCAAGAUCAAGUACCUGAAAAUAGAUACUAGACACCUCCCUAUUAGCAAAUUCAAUCAAACAAUGGCCAUUUCCAUCGACCAUCAAUUGAUACACUUGAUCUUAGUGACAUUAAAGGAUUACCAGAAUCGAGGAAAUUCGCAGAUCAAUCAUCAUUCUUUCCAGAUUUCUUGGAUUUUAUGCAUGAAAACUAAGCCCCAGUUUAAAAUAACUUUAAUCAUUAUAAGAUAAUUGAACCAAAGCUUGAAACUAUAGAAGAGGUAUCUUAUAGGAAAUCAGUUAAGUUAGAGUAGCAAAAAUCUUUACCAUAGGUUGUCGAAUAGAAAUAAUUGAAAACUAUUAUACCAAAGAAUAAUUCUCAUUAAGAUUUAACUAAAUUGGAAAAAAAAGAUUCUCUUCAGGAUAAUGAUACUAACUCAGUAAAAAACAGCAACAGGUCUCCUGAAAAUCAUUUAGGCUAGCAUUUACAACCACCCACAACUGACCAAGGUGUAAUGAGAUUGACAAAAGAAGUAUUAAAUAAGUUAGAUAGUGAUUCAAAUAGUAAAGUGAGAUCAUCAAUAUAGAAGAUUGAGGAAAUGAUUAAAUCUAAUUAAGGUUCCUCAUUCUCAAUAAGUAAUCAUAAUUCAAUGUUAGAGGCAUCAACUAUCAGUAGAUACAGACAUAAGAAUCAAAAUAGUAUCUACUUCUUAAGACCUAAUUCAAAAGAAAUCUAUCUCCUGGACUUUAAACUACAGGGCUUUGUAAAAGAAUAGCUUUACACAUAGAUUCCAUUGCCAACUUAUUUUAGCUCUGCUUAGCUUUAAUCUGGUAAUAUUUAUGUGAUUGGAGGUGUUUAUCUCAAUCAUAAAUAAAAUACCAGCUGUCUAGAAAUAGACGCAAAUAUGAAUGUAUUAGAAAAAGAACCUCUCCCAUCAGGUGCUAGGUGCAACAUUGGACUUGCAUUGAUAAUUGACAAAUUUAUUUUAGCAAUAGGAGGAGAUCAGCUUAGUAAUAGCUAAUCCACAAAUGUCUGUGAGAUAUUUGACACAUUAAAUAAUUAAUGGUAUCCAGCGCCUUCUCUCAAUAAGCCAAGAUCAAGCACAUCAGCUUGCGUUGUAAAUCAUAGGUAUGUUUAUACCUUUCCAGGUAGCUCACAAUCUAGUCAUCAAUCUAUUGAAAUGCUAGAUCUAGGGACGAUAAUUGAGCCUAAUGAGAUAAAAUCUUCAAAAUGGCAGUUUUUCAAGCUUUACAAUAAAGGCAUGGCAAAUAGCUACGGCUUUGGCUCUAUCUAAUUGUCACAGAAUGAAAUUCUCUUAUUUGGUGGAGGUCAAGGUUAAACAUUCAGUUUUGACUUCUAAUCAGUUUUCAAAAAACCAUCAACAUUAUCUUUGUCACAAUCUCAUGAUGUCCAGAUAAAUCAUCUUAAGAAAUCAAUGAUGUGCAUUGACUCUACUAUUAUGUGUCAUAACUCUGAUUUUAUUGCUAGGAUCUAUGGAAAUUAUUUGUAUGCAAUCGAUGGUCUUGGAGGAAACCUUCAUGUAUUCUCUAUCAAAGAGAAGUAAUGGAAUUACUCAACUCUUAAGGAAUUAGGCAUUAAUUGA